AAUAAACUAGCAACAAGGUUCUUACAAUAUCGACCUUAUCUAGUAGACCGUCACCGUUUCUCAACCUUUUGCAUUAUCUCUCUAAAAUACACAGAUCUAGAAAUCGGUCCUCGCUGUUCCAGAGAAAAGGAGAAAGAAAAGAUGGUAAAUCGGUGUCUACGGUUGAUUUAUCUGGUAGCUGCUAUCAUCUUACUUGUUGCAAUAUUAUUAUCAAGGGAUAAUAAAGAGUUCAGCUUCUACAAACUCAGCUUCCGAUGGCCACCUUCUGCAUGUAACCAGGGCAGUCUAAAGUGUUUACCGGAUACCCUUGGCUAUUUUACCAUCCAUGGUUUAUGGCCAAUGUAUGAGGAUGACAAGCAAGUGCCACCAUAUGAUCCCAAAAAGAACAAGUGCACCGAUGUCACUCCUACAGACCCCAAAGAUCUUUUGCCACUAUUAAAGUCCAUUGAAACGACUUUGCAAAAAUAUUGGCCAAACUAUAAGAACUAUGCAAAUAUAAACAUGUGUGCAGAGAGUUGGAAACACGAAUGGAAGGGACACGGAAUUUGUUCAGAUUAUCCGGCCGACGAGCCUUUGGAAUACUUCAGCGCUACCUUAUCACUUGCCCAAAAUUAUAAUUAUGAUCCAUUAAAAGGCACACAGGUUGUACCUCGAGAAGAGCCUUAUCCAGCGAGAGAGAUUGUGAAUGCUGUCAAAGAAAAAGUUAAAGCAACUCCCCAAAUUCAAUGCAACAAAAAGGACGGAACCCUCCAAUUGCUGGAAAUUCGUGUAUGUUUUGGUAAGGCAAAGCCUCUUACACCCAUCGACUGCCCACACACAUUUGACCCACAAGGCGUCUGUGGUGCAGACAUUGAAUAG